GGACCUUUGAUACGCGCCCAUUUAAAACACGAUAAUCUCCAAGAAGCGGUACAAGAGUUUGUACGUCUCGCGAAUAAAUAUAACAAAACGCCUCUAAAACAUGAGCUAUUGUGCAAAAUACUGCAGACCAUGAACGAUGGACAAUCUGAAGACAAUUUCCUCACAAACGAGAGGUCCAAUGGAAGACUGAACAAAUUAGCACAGACUAUAUUAAACAUCGAUAAGAAAGUCCACGGCCCCGGCGAUGUACAGCUGACACUAAUAGCAGCGCUAGCAGAAGUCGGAUACAAGAAGACGCUUCGCAAGCUGUUUCUAGAUCCGACAGUAAAGUUCCACCCAGACGCGUUAUCACGAAGAUGCGAGCGAUUCGCAGAUGAGAAAAAAGUGAAUGCGUUGGAGACGAUAGCCAUGUGUGCGAAGGACCUUCGCCAUAUCGACGUCGAUGAGAUAUACGAGCUUAUAUUAGAUAUACACCAACGCGACGACAACUAUCAAGAAGCAAUGUCAUUAUGGACGCGAAUGCAAGAAGCGGAUAUAUCGCCCUCGCAAAAGUUCGUGAGAAACCUGUGUUCAGUCAUCAAAGCCAAUAACAAGGACGUGCCUUCAGAGUUGAGUAUACUACUCGACAAGCAAGCUCAUGCAUCGUCAUCGUAAACUAUUGUUAAAUUACCUUAGCAAUAAAUGUUAUCAGGAAUCAACUAAUCGCUGUCUUGUCAUAAUAUCUGCAUCAUUUAAUUUUAUGUUGUUGGUAUUAAAAUAAUAGUCAUCAUUGGCAUUAGCGUAAUCCCAAAAAAGUACCAAAA